AGUCAUGUCUGAGCCACAGAGAUGGGCAAGAUCGAGAACAACGAGAGGGUGAUCCUCAAUGUCGGGGGCACCCGGCACGAGACCUACCGCAGCACCCUCAAGACCCUGCCCGGAACGCGCCUGGCCCUGCUCGCCGCUUCUGAGCCCCAGGGCGACUGCCUGACGGCGACGGGCGACAAGCUACAGCCCUUGCCCCCUCCGCGCUCGCCAUACCGCACCGGCAAGCUGCACUGCCCCGCCGACGUGUGCGGGCCGCUCUUCGAGGAGGAGCUGGCCUUCUGGGGCAUCGACGAGACCGACGUGGAGCCCUGCUGCUGGAUGACCUACCGGCAGCACCGCGACGCGGAGGAGGCGCUGGACAUCUUCGAGACCCCCGACCUCAUCGGCGGUGAUCCUGGUGACGAGGAGGACCUGGCGGCCAAGAGGCUGGGCAUUGAGGAUGCGGCGGGGCUGGGGGGGCCCGAUGGCAAGUCCGGCCGCUGGAGAAAGCUGCAGCCCCGCAUGUGGGCCCUCUUCGAGGACCCCUACUCAUCCAGAGCCGCCAGGUUUAUUGCUUUUGCUUCUUUAUUCUUCAUCUUGGUUUCAAUCACAACCUUUUGCCUGGAGACACAUGAAGCUUUCAAUAUUGUUAAAAACAAGACAGAACCAGUCAUCAAUGGCACAACUGUUAUUUUACAGUAUGAAAUAGAAACGGAUCCUGCCUUGACAUAUGUAGAAGGAGUGUGUGUAGUGUGGUUUACCUUUGAGUUUUUAGUCCGUAUUAUUUUUUCACCCAACAAACUCGAAUUCAUCAAAAAUCUCUUGAAUAUCAUUGACUUUGUGGCAAUCCUACCCUUCUACUUAGAGGUGGGACUCAGUGGGCUGUCAUCCAAAGCUGCAAAAGAUGUCCUUGGCUUCCUCAGAGUUGUAAGGUUUGUAAGGAUCCUGAGAAUCUUCAAGCUCACCCGUCAUUUUGUAGGUCUGAGGGUGCUUGGACACACUCUUCGAGCUAGUACAAAUGAAUUUCUGCUGCUGAUCAUCUUCUUGGCUCUAGGAGUUUUGAUAUUUGCUACCAUGAUCUACUAUGCCGAGAGAGUAGGAGCUCAACCUAAUGACCCUUCAGCUAGUGAGCACACACAGUUCAAAAAUAUUCCAAUUGGGUUCUGGUGGGCUGUUGUGACUAUGACAACCCUGGGAUAUGGGGAUAUGUAUCCCCAAACAUGGUCAGGGAUGCUAGUGGGAGCCUUGUGUGCUCUGGCUGGAGUGCUGACAAUAGCCAUGCCGGUGCCUGUCAUUGUUAACAAUUUUGGAAUGUACUACUCUUUGGCAAUGGCCAAGCAGAAACUUCCAAGGAAAAGAAAGAAGCACAUUCCUCCCGCUCCUCAGACAAGUUCACCUACAUUUUGCAAGACAGAAUUAAAUAUGGGCUGCAAUAGUACACAGAGUGACACAUGUCCGGGCAAAGAUAACCGACUUCUGGAGCAUAACAGAUCAGUGUUAUCAGGUGACGACAGUACAGGAAGUGAGCCGCCAUUAUCACCCCCAGAAAGGCUCUCCAUCAGACGUUCUAGUACCAGAGACAAAAACAGAAGAGGGGAAACAUGUUUCCUACUGACGACAGGUGCUUACACGUGUGCUUCUGAUGAAGGGAUCAGGAAAGGAUAUGAAAAAUCCAGAAGCUUAAACAACAUAGCGGGCUUGGCAGGCAAUGCUCUGAGGCUCUCUCCAGUAACAUCACCCUACAACUCUCCUUGUCCUCUGAGACGCUCUCGAUCUCCCAUCCCAUCUAUCUUGUAAACCAAACUGCAUCAGCCGGCUAAAUUGUAUUAAUUCCAGUACUGUUUAUCCCCAAAAGGAAGUAAUUAAAAGUAGAAUUACUCCAGGCUCCAUUAAUACAGUAGAAAUCCUGCAUGAGUCUACUAUUUGAAAUCAGAAAUGCCACAUGAGUAGCUAACAAAUCUUAUCCUGGCUUUAAAGAUUAUCUAAAGUAGUAUUAUUAUCUCUCCCUAUUAAUUGCCCUGAUAUCCCCUUGCAAUAAAAUGAUGUAUAGCUUCAGAUAUUGGCCAGUACUCUAACCCAUAAAUGUAUAUUCAGGGAGAUAUAUUUAAACAGUGUGCUUCCAAAUGCCAGCUACUUUAUUGGGACUUCAUUUCUUGUGACUAAACCAUUCUGAAGAUGUCUGGGAUCCUAUCUGAAUUGCAUACAAUAUGACUUUGUUCAGCUCAUUUGAAUGGGCCAUCUUGUCCCUGUCACCGAAAGCAAUGUUGCAGAGUCUGAGGACUAUGGCUCCAAGAUAUGUGUAUUUCACAUCAAAUUAUCCUGCUGAUAUGAAAGCAUUGGCUGACUGUUCUGCAUGUUGAAAUGUGGGGCAGGAGGAUGGGUUUCUCCUCAUCAUUUUUUUCACCCUUGUUCUUUGGUAAAAAUAUGUGUUUUGAAAGAGUUUUGAUUUCUUGAUUGAUUUACUUUUCUUCAAAAAUGCUGUACUGCAGUUCUGAAUGUCUUUGGUUGUUUGUACACAGAUAACUGCAAAGAGGUUGUCAUUACUGGCUACACGCAAGCCGAUGCCAGAUCUCUUACUUAAUGACUUGGGGAAGGCACAAAACAUGAAAGAAAGGUAACUGCCAGCCAGGCUUGCAUUGUUUAGUCAGAAAUUGCUGCUUGGUAUUAGGGUAACUUUUUAAUCCCCAAUUUGUUAUUAUUUUCAGAAGCAAAAUGCCAAACAUUAUCCAAAGUUUUGGUGUAUUUUUACCCUCCUCCUUUAUUUUUAUUCGUUAAUAUUUAUGUAAACUACAAUGGUCACUGGUAUUUGCAGGUUUUUUCAACUCGCCUUAAAAGUUUGAAUUAAAUGACAAAUCAGAGUUCCAGGCAGCGUUUAAUCAGGUGCUUUGUCCUGUAUGUUGUUUCUGUCUUUCUGUCUUAGCUCCCUGUCUUAACUGUAUUUGCUGUUUGUCUCCAUGAAAUGUAGAAAUGCCUUGAUAAGGAACUCGCGAUUUUAGGACUGCAUCCCCUCACACCCUGUCCCUUGUCUUCUUUGCUAUUUGGAGCAGCCUCUCAGUUUUGAGUAUAAAUUAAUGAUGUCCUGUAAACUACCUAAAUUAGUCUGCACAGUGAAUCUUCUUGAAAAGCAGCAUUUAAGCAGCAAUUUCGCCAUUGUACUUGGUUCACCAAUGCAGUGUAAGUUUCUACUACCUAGAAACGAGCAUUCAUCACUGUGCUCCAGCAAAACCCCAAGGGAGUCUUACUGAGUUUAAGUGGAAAGAAGUCUGUUUACACAUCUCUAUCAAGUACAAAAGCAACAGGGUAUCUGGUGUGUUGGGAUUAGGAGAGGAGAAAAAUGCCAUAAUAUAAAUAGAGAAAUAAACAGUAGUUUUGAGACAUUUAGAAACCUUGAGAUUAUUGAUUAAUUUCUAAUUAUCAUGUUUAUUUUUGGUGAGGAAGACAAUUGUCACUUUUAUUAUUGGCCAAGAAACAUGUAUUACUCUAUAUCCUUGAAUCCUAGAGCAUGAACUGCAUGUCAGAGAUCUUGUACAGUGAUGUAUUUAUCCAGACAUACAUAUCCAAUAUUUAGAGAUACUGUGAUCCUUUUGAUAACGCCAAACAUAGAAUGUUAUAAUUACACAUACAUUUAUGUUACAAGAAUUAAUAUGCUGUCUGGUGCUGCUGUUAUUGACUGCAGUGUUGUACAGAAUUUGUCAUGGAUUUUUGAUUGCUGAAAAAGGGGCAGUGGAAUUUAACCAUACCAAGGAUUGUACUGGAAACAACUUCUGCUACUGAAUGUGCCCUGAUUUGACCAGGUUGUAGUUGGAAGAAGUCCCCACAUCUUCAUGAGGCAGUGAAAGUCUGUGCAAGAAUUAUGGAGAACUAUGGCUGGGACUGAUUUGGUGCUCCUCACGUGAGUGUCCUGCUUGGAGACUGACCAAUGGCCAUGAAGCGACACCUGUAAAUACCAAUAUGAGUGCAUGGAUCAACAGCUUUGGCCAUCUCACAUCGAGGGAAGCCAAGUUCACAAUAAACAUCUCUGAAGCUUCAACUAAGGCCCAUGUUUCUCUGCAUUCCUCCUCAUGGGUCUGCUGUAGUUUGUGCUGUGAAUUAUACAAGGCAGUAUACUGAUGUAGUAUAGGCCUGUCUUAAUUUUGUGUAUUUCUAUUUUACGGAUGGAUCCAUAAACGUCAACUGUAUCAUUGUUUUACAAGCCACUUACAUUAUCAGCUUGUUAAUUGUGUUAUAAAACUUUUUGUCUAUUUAUCAAAGCUGACCUAUUUUUAGUCUCCUAUUUGUUUAGUUCUGGAAGAAUUGUGACUUAAAAGAAAUUCACCAACAGUACUAAUAGUUUAAGUCUUUUGUCAUUGUUACCUCAAUUAUAAAUAAUAAGAAAUAUAAAAUUCUGGCAAUGAGAGUAUUUUUUUAUUAAAUGAUUAAGGGAUAAUGUCAGUAUAUAGUAGAAUAAAUUAUAUCCUAAAAUGUAUAUUUUGCAUAAAAGAGAUAUUCUUCAAUCAAUGACCUUUUUGUGAGUUUUGUGGCAGAUGAAGCUUGUAUUUGUCUUUGAAAUUGUUGUAGUAGAAACUGUGUAAAAAUUUUUCAUCUUGUUUAAUCGAUAUUUCUAGAAUCUAUUAGCUCCCCUGGGAUUCUGAAUAUAACAUGUAACCUAAUUAUGAACCCCUGUAUCGUGAACCUUUUGUGAGCAUUUUAAGGUGCAUGCAUAACCUUGGUGAUAACCGGUGGACAUGUAGUGAACUGAAAUGAAGAAUAAAAGGCAAAUGAGCUGGGGAUAAACUGAUUAAAUUAUUCAA